UUAAUUUUCGUUUCAGAAUGCGCGUCUCAAAGCUUUCAUCGGAUUCUUUAUCAGUUCCAAAAUACGAUAACACCGAAUGUUUAUCAAACAUACAUAAAUAAACUGAACAUAUCUGAUAAACUUGAGAGCGAUGCAUAUGACAUGAAUUAAGCUAACUUCAUCUUAUCAAGCUUCAACAUGGCCGGUGAUAUAGCCGGAGGUUUUUCAAUAACUUUUUAAGUCAAGUCAAUUUCUCUUUUGAACAUGGAGCUGUCACGUGUCGUUUUCGGUAACAAUUUUAGAAAAUUAUUAUUCGACGUGACCAAUAAAAUUUUCAGUGUACAAGUGGCUAAAUACAUCAGAUUGGCAGAAGUAGGUAAAUUAGAAGCUCCGAAGUUGUCGGGAAAAUACAAAACUGGACAGUUAAUAUUACACAGAGUUUUUGGCUACAGAGGAGUUAUUCUUUUUCCAUGGCUUGCAAGAGUUUAUGACAGAGAUCUACCUCAUAGACGAGAAGGCUCUGAAGAAGGCAAUUUUAAUGGAGUUGGCAAAGAAGUAAAAGGAAGGACACAUAUUUUUUAUCAAGUUCUAAUUGAUCAAAGAGAUUGUCCAUUCAUAAGGGCACAAACAGAAGCUGUAACUUUUCUUGGAAAUCAUGAAAGCAGUAGAAGUUUAUAUGCAAUUCCUGGGUUAGAUUAUGUUGCACAUGAAGACAUUUUGCCAUACACAACCAAUGAAAAACCAGCUCUGCAACAUGAACUUUUUGAUAAAUUUUUGUCCUACCAUCCAGACAAAGAUCCACCCUUUGCUGCACAAGAAACCUUACGUGCAUGGCAAAAAAAAAAUCAUCCAUGGUUAGAACUCUCUGAUGUACAUAAAGAAACAACAGAGAAUAUUAGAGUUACAGUUAUUCCAUUUUACAUGGGUUGUAGAGAAAGUCAGACAACAUCAGUAUAUUGGUGGCGUUACUGUAUAAGACUAGAGAACUUAGGAGAUUUGAGCGUGCAACUGAGAGAACGCCAUUGGAGAAUAUUCAGCUUAUCCGGUACGUUAGAAACCGUUAGAGGGCGAGGUGUUGUAGGACAAGAACCAGUACUUUCAAAAACUUUGCCAGCUUUUCAAUAUAGUAGUCACGUUAGUCUGCAAGCUCCAAGUGGUCAUAUGUGGGGUACUUUUAGAAUGGAAAGAGAAGAUGGAUAUGCCUUUGACUGUAGAAUUCCACCAUUUUCUCUGGAAUCGAAAGCAGAUGAACCAGCAACUCCCAAUGCAAACACCUAAAAUCCAUUAAGUGAUUGAUAAAGAUCAUAAGUUAUAAGAUGCAACUGUAAAAAGAUGUUUUAAUUUUAAUUGCUAUACUCUAAGAAAUUACGUCUGUCUCAGUAUAAUAAAAAAAUAGGCGUUAACACUAAAUUAAAUUUGUAUAUAACCAUGUAGAUAGUGAAUUUUAAAAGAAUAGGUGAUAAUGUAUAUUACAUUACUUUGUAAACUCGACAAAUAUAAUUUUCAAAAAUAUUAUACAUCUGUCAAUCAAAUUUUCAUUAAAAUGAAAAUAACGUGAACGUCAAAGUGAUUAGAUUUGCAAUAAUGAUUAGUAAAACAUCAAUAACUCCUGUUUCUACUCAACUGCUGCAUAAAUUUACAACCAAUAAAUAUUGUACCUAUUUAAGACAAAGAUCGAUUAUUUACUAAAGUUUAAUAAUUAUAAAAAAAUGUUAUAAGUAAAACUUGUCGGAAGAGCUCAUUAACAAAUUUUGAUUUGUGAUGUUGUAAAACGUAUUUUAUUUCAAUAAUAACAGCAUUAUUUGUUCA